AUGGGGUCACUGUUCUUCUCCGUCAUGGGGGAGAAUCCCUUGAGCUCCACGCUAUGUUCAAGUUGUUUCCGUAUACUGUCUACCGGAGCGCCGAAAUCACAGAUAAUAUCGCCUUGGAGGAGUCCUCGGCUGAAGCAGGUAGCAUCUCCGCGAUAUCAACACACACAGGUGGAUAAGAAGAACGAGUCAGGCGGAGGUACGGUGAAGCAAAUAUAUCCAUUGAAGGGAUACUAUUCCGAUAUCCUUACUGCGCCAUCGCAACCAUACAAUCCCAGCCGUCGUCCGCAACCCCAAACCACCGAACCAUCAUCCACAACAGCUUCCGGGACGGCGCAAACAGAGCCCAGCACGGAGAAAUUACCACAGGAAAAGUUUGGCAUAGUCUUUGGAACCCGGCUUGCUGGGCCGGGCUACUCCUCUACCCGCUACAACCCCGCCACAACACCACCCAAGUCGACCUGGCAUACAAUCAAUGGCGUACCCAUACCACCACGACCAGAAGAGCCUGAUAACUGCUGCAUGAGUGGAUGUGUGCAUUGCGUUUGGGACGAUUAUCGGGAUGAUGUUGAAGCAUGGGCUCAGAGAAUAAACGAAGCCAAGAAGCGAGAUCCUCCCCGGAGAGGAGCAAAGAAGAAGAAAGCGGCAGGCCCGCUACAUGAUAUGAGGCAAGCCCCAAGAAAAGAAGUGGACAGUGCGAGCGCAAGUAUGGACGAUGACGGUGGCGGGAGCCAGGCCAGCUGGAAUACUGAUACUUCGGCCGAUGCACUGUUUGCUGAUAUCCCAGUUGGGAUCAGGGAGUUCAUGAAGACAGAGAAGAGAUUAAAAGAGAAGCGCAAAAGAGUCGAGGAUAGAUCAUAG